AUGGCAACUAACAGCACGAAGAGUUUCAAAGCGAUGAAAUUUAUUAUUGCGAUCAUGUUCGUAUUUGCUCUCGCACUGAUUAUAAGUUGCGAUGCAGCUCGACUUGCUUACCAAGGAUUUGGUGCUCGGCUAGAAAAAUGCGGUCCGUGCAAUACUUGUUGCCAGCCGAGCACGCCUGCAUGCUGCCCUUGUGCCUGCCCUGUUCCGCCAUGA